AUGGGUAGAGGUUACAGCAUUGCUUCGGUCUACGAUACCACUCCGUAUCACGCCUACUGCCUAUCUGAAGGAGGGGAUGAAGAUGACGAUGUCUGCGUAUGGGAUGAAGGUCCAGAGCUUUUCGAUUUGUAUGAUAGCGAAGAUGAGCGAAUAGUCGCUGAGAUUCAUAGUUCUAUCCCCGAGCGUGAUUGGAUAUUCCGCAGCAAAGCACGAAAUGAUGAUACCCCAACAACGAUACGGCCUGCAGCGGCAAAUAGGAGAGACAGCACCAUCACAAUAUUAGAAAAUCCAUCCAAAGAUCCAGAAAAACUAACUGACGAUGAGUUCCAAGAGCGACAGAUCGCCUAUGCACUGUCGACCGCUCGGAGGAAUCUAACUAGAAUGUCGCAGUUCAUGUUAAAGUUGGAGUGUCGCGCAGGGAAGAUCACGAAAGAAGGCAUCAAGCACACCCUUGAUGCUACUGUCGCCGACAGUACUGACGCGGCUAAUCAAUAUCCUACUUACCAGGACGAGCUCGAGGAAAUCAAACACCUUAGCGAUAAUGUAUGGCAGCGCUUAUAUCUCAUCGACCGACACUGGCGACAACAGAGCCGCAGGAAUCGCGAUGCUGAGGGGCACAGCCCCCCCAUCGAGCUUGAAAGCGAACCAGCCGUGAGGGCAUUCCUAAAAGAAGAACGGCAGACUAACCCCCUAACAAGUAGCGAUUCGUGUUAUUAUACAGCUGCCAACCUAGCGAGCGGGAGGAGGUUUGAAGACUGGAUUACUUACCUGAAGAACUUCUGCGAGUUCAAGGACGACCCGGCCGAGGAGACUAAGCUUGUGCAUCUAGCCUGGCGGUUCUUGGACCGCGAAUUGCGUGGGCCGAGGCCGACUAAUCCUGCGUGUAUUGAUAAUUUCCUGGCCGAGCUUAAUGGCCAAUACCAGAAUGGUGCUUUUGACGAGGCGAUUAAGAAUCCUGAGAAGCGGGAGAAAGAUGAUGAUAAGGCGUGGGGGGCUAUCAAGAGGUUUUGGUUUUCGAGGUUUCAGUCUUAA